AUGACGGUUGUGACAACCCACCCCACGAUCCUCCUCUUUGGGGGCUACACGGAGCCGUGGCUCGAGUCGAUCGAUCGCAUCCACGAGCAGGCCGGCGCGUGUGCCUGGCUGCGACUCUUCCUGGACGAUGUCGCGUCGGUCAUCCGGGCGGAGACGCGAUGCAUGCACCCCAAGAUCCGGAACAGCCUGGGCCCCAGCGGCAUCUUCUCAAGCGUCCAAGAGGUCGCGGACCUGUACCGAGACCACGACGACGAUGUCGGGUUUGUGCAGUGUAUCAUGUCAUACAUCGUCCGAGCCGUCAUCCUGCUGAGAUGGGUCCACGACUCGCCGGACGCCUUGAAGGUCAGUCCCAGGCCCGAAGGACUGGGCAUCUCGGGAGGACUGAUCAACGCCGCCGUCUUGGCCAUAUCCGAUGACUUUGAGUCGCUCCGCCAGGCCAGCGUCAUGACUGCCGGGUUCGUCUGCCGCCUGUGCGAAGUUGCCGGCCAAGUCUUGCGAGCGGUGGAAGAAGACAGCAGCAGCGGCGGCGAUGACAAAAGCUCGUCUUCCCCGUCAUGGGGAUGUGCCGUCGUGGGCGUCACCCCCGAGAAGCUGGACGGCAUCCUGCACCAGAUCCAGGAGAGCAAGAACAUCCCCGGGCUGAAGAGGGCGCGGGUGGGCAUCCGAGGCGACCACUGGGGCACCGUCAUCGGGCCUCCGUCGGUGCUCGAUGUGUGCCUGGAACACGCCGCCAUGGGGGAUCUCGCCAAGCAGAGGCUUCCCAUCUACUCGAUGCAGCACAACUACGAGCUUUCACAGUCGCAUCGCGAGUACAUUGCCGGACGUUCGGCCCUCCACUCUAGGCCUGUCCACCCGGGAUUUCGACUCUGGGGUCUGCAGGGCGACGAAGAUGAUGCCGAUGUCCUUUUGAACCCGAACUAUGCCGACUGGGGCCAGUUGCUCCUGAGCGUGGUGGACUACGCCUUCUCAAAACCGGUAGAUCUGGUCAGGAUGGUCAAGAGGCUGAACGCCCGUCUCGGCGCAGAUGCUCAUCCUCACCAAGGCCAAGCAGCUGCGGAACUCACACUCUUGGCCAUGGGUCCGACUUGGUUCGCUGGCUCUCUCAUCAGCAAGCUGAAAGCUACGGGGAGAAGGGUUUCGGUCGUCCAGCACACCGUGCUCGGGAAUGUAGGUCAUAGACAUAAUCCUCGACCAGCCGAAGCUGCAGAGAGCUACGAGGGACGUAUUGCCGUGGUGGGCAUGGCCGGACGGGCUCCCGAGUGCGAUGACUUGGAGCAAUACUGGCAGGUCAUCGAAACUGGCCGCGAUGUUGCGCGCGAGAUCCCCCCAGGUCGGUUCGACGCCGACGACCUGUUCCAACCCCAACCCGGGCACGGGGAGAACUCGAGCUGCUCCAGGGCCACAUGCGUGUCUACAUGUAAGCUCGGCUGCUUCCUCGACAACCCGGGCCACUACGACGCGCGCUUCUUCCGCGUCUCGCCGCGCGAGGCCCUCCUCAUGGACCCGGGCAGCCGGCUGUUCCAGAUGGCGUGCCACGAGGCUCUCGAGUCGGCGGGCUAUUCGUGCGGCACGACGCGUGCCGUCGACCCAAGCCGCAUCUCUGUCCUUUUCGGCCAGAGCAACGUGGAUGGGUACGAGACGGCCCAUCACGAGAAGGGCUGCGACGCGUACACACUGCAGGCCCUCGCGCGGCCCUUCGCCGGCGGCCGCGUAGCCUUCCAUUACGGCUGGGAGGGCGCGACCUACUCGGUCGAUCAGGCCUGCUCGACCUCGCUGUCGCUGAUCCACCUGGCCUGCCGAGACCUGCUGGCGGGCGACCACGACAUGGUGGUCGCGGGAGCCGCCAACGUGCUGGCCUCGCCGCACGGGUGGUGUCUGCUGAGCAAGGCCGGCGUGCUGUCGGACACGGGCAACUGUCGGACGUUCCGCGACGACGCACAAGGGUACUGCCGCGGCGAGUUCGUCGGCGUCGUCGUGCUGAAGCGCCUGGCCGACGCCGUCGCCGACAACGACCGCGUCCUGGCCGUCAUCCCCGGCUCGGCGCGCAACCAGGCCGGCAACUCGGCCUUCCUCGCCCAAUCGGACGCCGGCGCCGAGGAGCGCGUGCUGCGCCAGGCGCUGCGGCGGGCGCGGCUCGGCCCGCGGGACAUCGCGUAUGCCGAGAUGCACGGCACCGCGACGCCCGUCGGCGACCCAUGCGAGAUGACAGCCGUCGCCAACGUGCUGGGCCGCAGGCCACCGCACGCCGUUGGAGAAGACGUUACCAUCGAGGACGCAGAGCCCUUGACGGUUGGAUCUGUCAAGGCAAACAUCGGCCACAGCGAGGCGUCCUCUGGAGUUGCCUCGGUGAUCAAGGCCAUCCUCAUGUUCCAGAAACAGAUCCUGCCACCCCAGGUUGGCAUGCCACACGCCCUCAACAAGCAGUUCCCGCCGCUCGACGACAAGAAGAUCCGGAUCCUGAGCAAGGCUGCCCCGUUCCGCUCCGCAAGCGGGAAGCCAAGGCGUGUUCUGAUCAACAACUUUGACGCGGCGGGCGGGAACACGGCCUUGGUGCUGGAAGACUUCCAGCUGGAGAACAAGAAUAAGAACAGUAACAACCUCGAAGGUCCUGAUGACGAUCAUUCCGCCCCAGAUCCCGAUCCGAGACCAGCACACGUUGUGGUGCUCUCGGCUCACACAGCUGCUUCGCACCAGGCCAACAAGUCUAGGCUGGCCAAGUGGCUCGCCACAAACCCAACCGUCCGUCUCGAAGACGUUGCCUACACAACAACAGCCCGCAGGGUGCACCAACCCUCUUUCCGGUUUGCUUGCGCCGCCUCUUCGAGCGACGAGCUCGUCCAGGCGCUUGAGUCCGACUCCAAGAAGCCCACGACGACCAAGAAAUCGCCCGUCAUCUUCGUCUUCACCGGCCAGGGCUCGCACUACGCCGGCAUGGGCGGCGAGCUGUACCGCACCAGCCCCAUUUUCCGUGACACAGUGGACCUGUGCCAGCAGAUUUGCCACGGGUUUGGAUUCCCGUCCUUCCUUGGGAUCAUAACCGGGUCCCGGUCCGGGUCCGGGUCCGAUUCCGAAGGUGGGGCCGCAAGUGGGGCAUGGAACACGGCGCAGACACAGCUGGCCGUGCUGUCGCUGGAGAUCGGCCUCGCCACCUUCUGGCAGCGGCUGGGUGUCAAGCCGGCCCUGGUGAUGGGCCACUCGCUGGGCGAGUACGCCGCUCUGCACGUGGCCGGCGUGCUCUCGCUCGCCGACGCGCUCUACCUCGUCGGCUCCCGCGCCGAGCUGGCCAUGCAGAAAUGCAACCGGCGGACCCCCGAGGGCGCUUGCGCUAUGCUCGCCGUUGCGGCGCCGGCGGCUGCCGUGCGCGACGUGCUGAGGACGCUAGGCCUGGGCCCCGACGACGGACAGUGCUCGGUCGCGUGCAUCAACAGCCCCGGCGCGUCGGUCGUGAGUGGAACCGUCGUCGCCGUGGCACGGCUGCAGGCGGCGCUCAUGAAGCAGAAGACGCGCUCCAAGGUUCUUCCGCUGCCUUUCGGCUUCCAUUCCUUCCAGGUUGACGCCAUUCUGGAUGAAUUUGUGGCGCUCGCUUCCGGUCCGGGUAUCACGUACUCCUGGCCGCCCCGGGUACCCGUGGCCUCGACGGUGCUGGCCUCCGUCGUUGAAGACGACGCCGACUUCAAGUUUGGCCCCGAAUACCUCGCCAAGCAGGCGCGGAACCCCGUCGACUUUGUCGGCGCGCUCCAUGCCGUCCGGGCCAGGUUCCAAGACAGCAACCCGCCGGUCUGGCUCGAGAUCGGCCCGAGCCAGGUGUGCGGCGCGUUCGUGCAGGAGACGCUCUCGCCGCCGGCCGGUCAUGUCUUGUCGACGCUCGCGGGUGUCAACACGAGUGCGUGGGCGGCCAUCUCCGAGUGUCUGGCCGCCCUAUACAUCCACGGCUGCGACCCAGACUGGAUGCUGCUGCACGCCCCCUUUGAAAGAAUCCUGCGGCUUCUCACAUUGCCUUCUUAUGCCUGGGAUACGAAGGACUUUUGGAUUCCCUACCGAGAGAGAAAGCUGCUGCCGGGCGGGUCUGCCGGUGAUGAUGGUGCUGGCACGGGCAGCACCCCGGGGCAUCUGGGACGCCACCAGCCCAUCAUAUCCACGUGCGCGCAGUACAUCGUGGACAAGACGAAAGAAAAGGACGGUAAGACCCGUGUCACCGUGGGGGCUUCCGUCACACUGCCAGGCUUCCUCGCCAUGAUCGAAGGCCACCGCAUGCAGGGCGUCGGUCUCUGCCCCGGUUCGGUCUUUUCCGAGGCCGCCUUCGUUGCAGCCAAGUGCGCGCUGGAACACUGCAGCGGCCGCAAGAUGGACGACAGUCUGAAACGCUUCAGUCUCCGGAGUGCCCAUCUGCGACGUCCGCUCACGGCCAGCCUUGCCGGUCCGGAGGGCGAGCUUCACGUCACGGCCGUCGUCGAGUCUGAGAGCCUUGUUCAGGUCUCGUUCAAGGCGCUUUCUCGGUCAUCUUCGUCGUCGUCGACAUCAUCAUCAUCAUCAUCAGCAGCAGCAGCAGCAGCAGCAGCCCCCCGCUCGUUCGACCUGGGCUGCUGCGUUGUCGUGGUCGGCAACGCCAACUUGUCAGACUCGGACUCGGACUCGGACUCGUUCUACAUCCGGGCGAGGAUGCUCGAGGUGCGGCGGUCAUGCAGCAGCAGGCUGCCGGCGAGCAUCUUCUACGCCCUAUUCUCCCGCGCCGUCCAGUAUGCGUCUGACAACUACCGAUGCGUCCGAGAGGUGUUCGUCUCGGACGACUUCGCCGAGGCGGUCGCUGAAGUGGUGCCGGUCCGCGAUCCCGCCGGCGUGCGGUUCGUGGCGGGCUCCCCUUACUGUGGCGAGGCCCUGGCGCAUCUCGCUGGCUUCCUGGUCAACUGUCACCCGAGCCGUUACUUCUCUGAGUCCGCGCAGACGCCGACGACGACGACGACGACGACGGGCACGAGCUUCAUCAUGGACAGCCUGGAGAGGUUCGAGCAGACGGCCGACAUCGAGCCGGGACGAUCCUACUUCACAUAUGCGCGCGUCGCCGAGAGGAAGGCCGACUCGGCGGUCUGCGAGGUUGUCGUCUUUGACGACGCCGACAGGCUAGUCAUGCGGACCCGUCGAAUGAGGUUUCACGAGGUGCCGAACUCGGUUCUGCAGAAUCUGCUUCCCGGCGGCGGCGGCGGCGGCGGCGGCAGCAGACAGGACCAGUCGUCUUUGAACAGUGGCGGAGGCAAGCUGAAAGUGCAGACUUCUCCCGCGCGGGCUUCUCCACGGGCAGCGGCAUCCGACGAGGCGGCAACGGAGACCAAGACGGAGCUGGGGAUUGAGACAAGAGCCAAGCAGCCACCGGCGGUGUUCUCGGUGGAGAAUCAAGAUGCUCUCGAGAGUGACGACUGUCAACAACAGCCCCCUGGCCAGGUCAAGUCCGGCCUGCUUCCGGUUAUCCUCGAGAGCAUUGCCGAAGAGACAGGCUUGGACACGGCCGAGCUGACAGACGACGAUGCGGCGCUGGCGGACCUCGGGGUGGACUCCAUCAUGGCCGUCGAGUUUUGUGCGCGUGUCAAGGAGAAAUCGGGCUAUUCGCUGUCUCCGUUGUUCAUGCUGGAGCAUCCGACCAUAGGCCACCUUGUCCGCUCCUUUGGUGCGCCCCAGCAGCCGGAGCAACCGGAGGGUCGGCCAAAGCUGGAGCAAGAGCAAGACAUCACGGUAUCACCGUCCGCCGAUAACAUUGGCGCCUCUAUGACCUUUGAAGACACAUCUGUGGCCGAGCGGACGCCAGAGUCGUCGUCGUCGUCGUCGUCGUCAGUAGUCGAUGACGCGGCCGCUAAUGACGAGCCUCCUCCCAAGGCCCGGAUCACGCUCCUCCAAGGCCGUCCACAGGCCGGCAAGGGGCGGCUGUACAUGUCCUGCGACGGCAGCGGCACCAUCGCCACCUACAUCCACCUGCUCCGGCGCCAGUUCCCCCUGCCCGUCUACGGGAUCGACUCGCCCUUCCUGCGCUGCCCAUCCCGGCUGACGACCCAGGUCGGCAUCCCCGGCAUCGCCAGGCUCAUGGUGGAGGCUCUCGUUGAGUCCCACCCCAAUGCCGGUCUUACCGAGGCCGAAGAAGACUCCAUCGUCCUCGGCGGCUUCUCCGGCGGGUCCCUGAUCUCCUACGAAAUAUGCCGCCAGCUGUGCGCUCAGGGGAGGCGCGUGGCCGGCCUCGUCGUGCUAGACAUGCGCUGUCCUCUUUCACCAUCACCGCCCUCGUCGUCACCAACAACAAUAACAACAGCAGCAUCAACAGCAGCGGGCGCGGGCGCGGGGCCAGCAACCUCGUCGGACGAGGCGACUUGGCCCAUCUUCUUCACCACUUCGGCCGACACCAUCAUCGGCCACAACCCAGUGUCCGUGACGCACCUGCGCGGCAUGUUCGCGUGCGUCCUCGAUUACCAACCGCCACGCCUGGCGGCGGCCGGGCCCGCCCUUCUCAUCCCCGCCGCCGUCGUCUGGUGCACCCGGGGCAUGGUGGGCCGGCUGCGGCGGCGGCGGCCCGACCUCGUUGCCAAGCUCGUCGACAUGGGCUACCCCGCAGAGUCGUAUCCGGGGUACAUGGAGGAUCCCCGGCUUGGCGCCAUGGCCUGGAGCCUGCCUGACAAGAGCACCGAGACGGACCUGGGCCCCUGCGGCUGGGAGAAGUACGUGGGCGCCGGGGAGGACGGCGAGGUAGGCAAGAAUCUGCUGUGCCUGGCGGUCGACGGAGACCACCACGACGCUAUUCAACCUGUGGUGGCGCCUCGGUUUGCCGAGUGUCUCGACCAGGGUCUGAGAUUUGUGCUGGGGAGGAAGAGUUAA